AUGUCGUUUUCUGGGUUGCGUAAGCAGUUCAACAAGGCAAACCAGGUUGAUAUAAAGUAGGGAAAAAUUUCAUUUUUGUUUUUUUUUUUCAGUAUUUGUCCGAGACUAUGGGCGCCGCUGAGCCGACCAAGCUCGAUGAUGUUUUCAACGAUAUGGAGAAGGUUAGAAAUAUCAAUUAAACUCCGUUUCUAUGAUAAAUAUCAUUACUUUGAGUAUACUUUUGUUUUCAGAACAUUGACACUACGUACGAUCUCAUAACCAACUUGGUCGCGGGAACUAACGAAUAUUUGCAGCCCAAUCCUGGUAUGGUAACGAUAUCAUAUUAAAAAAGAUGAAGCUAAAUCUGACCAAUUUAAUCGAGUAAAUUUGUUUGGUUUUUUUUAAAAUUAAAGUUUCAGACACGAAUUUAACACUUAAACUUUGUUAAAAAGUUAAAAUUGUUUCGCCAUUUUUUUUUUUUGAACUCUUUCUUGACUGAAACUAAACGGCCGCGUGUAAAAAAUAUAUCGAGAAACUAGUUUGAAACCGCAAUAUUAUUUAAUGUUGGAAGAAUUCAGCGACCCGCGCCAAGAUGGCCACUGUUUCGGCGUUGUCGAAGGUCCGCGGCGCGACGAAAUCGUCGCCUUAUCCGCAGACUGAAGGAAUGCUUGCCGAGACGAUGCAGAAGUUCGGCCAGCAGCUCGGCGAAAACUCGGAUCUCGGAAAGGUUUUUUUUUCUCAUUUUCAUUUCUUUUUAUGCUUUUAUUUCGACAUUGCUUACUCAACAUUUUUUUUUUAUUGAAACAAAUGGCUUCCAUAGGCUCCUGCGAAAAUUUUCGUGUGGAAGGGCGGUUUUUAAUUCUAGUGACUAUUCAUGAUCCACUCAGGCGCUUGGAGAUGCGUCGGAGGCCUACCGUCAGAUGGCCGACAUCAAAUACCAAAUGGAGGACAAUGUCAAGCAGAACUUCCUCGAUCCUCUGGUCCACAUGCAGAACAACGAGCUCAAGGAUGUCAAUGUAUGUUUUCCGGCUUGAGUUCUAGAUUGAAUUCCUGAAAAAAAAACCUUUUCAAAUCCGUUUUUGCGAGAAACAGUUACCCUUUUUGUCAAACAUCGAAAAGCCACGGUCCAUGGUGACCAAACUAUCGCUUCUUUCGUUUUCCCAUUCUUUUAGUUAGUUCCCAUCGUUCAUCUCGUGUCUCCCUUUUCAUAGCUGACCUAACGAAAUUAAAACCAAUUGAGAACCUCGACGGGUUCUUUCCCGUUAAUUGCUUAUUUGAAUCUUUGGACAAGUUGUGUGUUUCAGCAUCAUCGGACAAAGUUGAAAGGUCGACGACUGGACUACGAUUGCAAAAAGCGACAGCAGCGUAGAGGUUUUCUUUUCGUUUGGCCGGGAAAAGAGAACUGAGAAGAGAUUUCAGACGACGAAAUGAUUCAGGCCGAGGAGAAAUUGGAAGAGUCGAAGCGGCUGGCCGAAAUGGCCAUGUUCAACGUCCUGAGCAACGACGUGACCCUCAAUUUCCCUUCUCCGAAUAUCAAAUAUUUUGAGGUGGAACAGAUCUCGCAGCUCCGUGCGCUAGUCGACGCCCAACUGGAGUUCCAUCGACAGACGGCGCAGGUCCUCGAAGGACUCCAUCAGCAACUCUCGAACAGGCAAGUUUCUUCCUCAGUUAUAUCUUUCCAAUGUUGCGAUGCUUUUUGAAUUGAGAGCUUUGAAUUUCGGUCUAUCCUAAAUUCUUACAAAUAUGAAGGCUGGUCUUCAGAGUUUUUCAAAAUUACUUUUUGAAAAUGAGAAAGUUUCAUUUGACCAGAGUCUAUAUUUGUAUCUGUCUGACAAGGAAAGUUUGUGAGGUGAACAUCGUAGAUCUGGUCCAAACUCCUGUGGUAAAUGGUCCUAGGUAUGAGUACUCGAAAAUGAAAAAAAAAUAUCUGCUAAGCGUUUCUGAGAAGUAGUUUGUCGAUCGGAAAAAGCUCAAAAACUGAUUUUCCUCGGUUUUCGAGACAUCGUUAUUGAGUUUCUCUUGUACAUUUUCGACAGGCUUCACAGUACCCUAUGACGCUUAGCAGAUAAUUCUGUUCGUUUUCGGAUACCUGGGACUAUCUACCAUAAAUUUGUGAACCAUAUCUGCGAUCCUCACCUCACCCACUUCCCUAGUGAGUUCCUAAAGAACAUCAAAAAAAAAAAAGCAAAAAAGAAAAAAAGGAUUUUUUCACUCCAGAACUCUACUCGUGUUUCCACCUUCCCCAAAUGAAAAUCUGUUUCCUUUCAGAAUCAACGAUUCGAGUUCGCGCCAUCGCGAAGAACACGUACCUCUGCCAGUUCUCAACACGGAUAUUCGCACUCCACGAUCGAGGUUUUUGCAAAUUGUUGUUUGGAAUAUUAUAAGCCAAUGUUUUCUAGGUCGCCUGUUCCAGAUUCUCAAGCUCCAUCGAAUGCUCCCGGCCAAGCUCAUGUGAGUUUUUAUAGCUGAUUCACGGUUAGCUUGAGCCAUCGAAAAAGGGUUCUGAAGCGAUAAGCGUCCCGAUUUAGCCGUGUAUCGACUAUAUCAUUCUGUUGAAACGAUCUUUUCAGGGGCAAGAUUUUUUUUUAUUAUCAAGAGAGAAAUCCUCAUGAAUGAAAACAUAUUUUGGAUGAGUAGAUCAACUCAGUGAUGAGGAGUCCUCAUUUGAAUCCUCAUUAAGGAGGCAUUUUUCAAGUCGAUAGCUAAAAUAUUGGGACCUUACUUUUCAAAAAAUAUUAGGAGUGAGUUCCAGUAAAAAACGAAGCGACAAUGGCUUCUGUGUCAUCAUUUCACACACUAAAAACAACGAAAUAUACAGAAUGUCUACCAAAACGGAGGAGGCGCGGCGCCUUUCGUGACGUCACAGCCGAUGACGUCCGUCGCGGCUCCAGCUGUCCAGAAGCCGUCUUGCCGCGCCCUUUUCGACUUUGACGCUCAGAGCGAGGGCGAGGUGACUUUUGAAUAAAAUCGGAAUAUGAACUGAAAUCAGCGGGUAGGGCUUGAAGGACAGCCUGAAGCCCAAAAAAAAAAAAUUGCAAGAGCGUAAUACUUGUUUUGAGUUUUCAGUGUCUUCCAUCCAUUCAAAUGAAUAAGAAUUUAAAAAUCGAAUAUUCAUUCUUUUUUUUAAUUUCUUGAAGCAGGCUAACUAAUAAAUAGUGUAAUGAGCUGGAGAAUAAUAAUUUGUUUGAGCUCGAGUUCAAAGAAGGAGCGAUUAUCGAGCUGAUAUCGCAGGUCGACGAGAACUGGUACGAAGGCCGUGUCAACGGAAGAACCGGCCUCUUCCCGGUGACCUACGUUCAGGUAUUUUCCAUUAUUCCUCUCCAAACUUCUUUUUUUAGAUGUACGAGAACAAGAAAAAAUAUCAGAAAAAUGAUUUUUGGCAUGAAAUUUAAGGGGAAAAACACUGAUUUUUGCAGGUGGUCGUCCCGUUGAGAUAA